AUGGGGCAGACUCAGUCUGUGGUAACUCCUUUAAGCCUAACAUUAUAUCAUUGGGCAGAAGUGAAGGACAGAGCUCAUGAGCUAUCAGUUAACAUCAAGAAGGGACCAUGGCAGACUUUCUGUACCUCAAAAUGGCCUAACUUCAAUGUGGGAUGGCCAUCUGAAGGAACUUUUGAUCUGUCUAUUAUCUUUGCUGUUAAGGCUAUUAUUUUCCAGGAAGGACCGAGGUCGCAUCCUGAUCAACAGCCAUACAUUGUGGUUUGGCAGGACCUGGUCAAAAACCCCCCUCUUUGGGUGAAACCAUGGAUAAAAGAGAAGCCAGGCUCCCGAGCCCUGGCUCUCAGUACAGGGCCCAAACUGAAACCAAAAAUGGCCCUAGAAACCAAACCUUUGGCUCCGUCUAAGGUCUAUCCCGAGAUUGAGGAGCCACCUGAGUGGCCAAACCCGCUGCCACCCCCCUACCACCGACCACCUUCACCACAGGCUCCCCCGGUACUGGCUCCGAGCCCGGAACCUCAGGGAGCAGGAGAAGGAGGACCGGCGGCCGGCACUCGGAGUCGGAGAGGUCUAAACCCUGCAGUACCGGAUUCCACUGUUUCUUUGCCUCUCUGAGCUAUGGGCCCGGCCCCCACUGAGCCGAAUACAGUGCAGUUCCUACAAUAUUGGCCUUUUUCUUCCGCUGAUCUAUAUAACUGGAAAAUUAACCAUCCUCCUUUUUCAGAAAACCCUGCAUCCCUGAUUGGGCUGGUGGAGUCUGUGAUGUACUCACACCAGCCCACCUAGGAUGAUUGCCAGCAGCUCCUCCAAACCCUCUUCACGACAGAGGAGAAAGAGAGAAUUUACCUAGAGGCCCGGAAAAAUAUUCGGAAUGCCGCGGGUCAACUCUUGCAGACUCCAGCAGAGAUUGAUGAAGCCUUUCCCCUCAACCGACCCCAAUGGGACCAUAACUCGACCGCAGGUAGGGAGUGACUGUCCAUCUACCGCUGGGCUCUUGUGGCGGGCCUCCGGGGGGCAGCAAGAUGCCCCACCAAUUUGGCCAAGGUAAGAGAGGUUAUGCAGGUACCCACGGAAGCCCCUUCAGUCUUCUUAGAGCACCUCAUGGAGGCAUAUCGUAGAUACACUCCCUUCAACCCCGCCUCGGAGGGACAGAAGGCUUCCGUUAUUAUGUCCUUCAUUGGACAAUCUGCUCCAGAUAUUAGGAAGAAGUUACAACGCAUUGAAGGAUUACAGGAUUAUACAAUUAGGGACGUGAUUAAAGAGGCAGAGAAAGUGUACCACAAGAGGGAGACUGAAGAAGAGAAGCAGAGAGAGAAGAAAGAAAGGAGUAAGGAAGAAGAUAAAAGACAGAGAAGGCAGGGAAAGAAUUUGACUAGGAUUCUGGCCACAGUUGUAGAUGAGGGCAGGCGCCAGGGAACUAGAGGAACUAGACAGGUAGGGAACCUGGGCGAAUACCGGAGGCAGGAGCCAAGGAGACCCAGAAGAGCUAGCCACACCCUAGACAAAGACCAGUGUGCCUAUUGCAAGGAAAAAGGUCAUUGGGCCAAAGAGUGUCCUAAGAAGAAGGGACCCAAGGUUCUGGCCCUUGGUGAAAAUGAAGUGGGGGGUCGAGGCUUGGCCCCCCUCCCUGAGCCUAGGGUAACCCUGAGAGUGGAGGGGAAACCCCUGGAUUUUCUUGUUGACACGGGAGCUGAGUAUUCAGUGCUCAAGAAACCCCUGGGGAAGUUGAAAAAUAAACAAACCAUAGUCAUUGGAGCGACUGGGCAAAACUCGUAUCCCUGGACCACCUCGAGAACUGUGGACCUGGGAAGGGGGCAGGUGUCUCACUCCUUCCUGGUAACACCUGAAUGCCCUACCCCAUUGUUAGGCAGAGACCUUUUAACCAAGUUAAAGGCACAGAUAAGUUUCACCUCCCAGGGGCCGGCUGUGCAAUGGGGCUCAACCACAUCCCCGGUGUUAACCCUCUCCCUAAAAACAGAAGAUGAAUAUAGACUAUUUCAAUCUGGUGAUCAGAAGCACCCUUCAUCAGAAUUAGAGAUGGGACCUUGGUCCCAGUUCACUGAAGCAUGGGCAGAGACUGGGGGUAUGGGUAUGGCCAAGAAUGUACCCCCGAUAGUCAUCGAGCUCAAGGCCGGAGCUACUCCCAUCGGGGUUGGACAGUAUCCAAUGAGCAAAGAAGCCAGGAUGGGAACACGUCCCCAGAUUGAGAGACUACUACAACAAGGGAUUCUAGUCCCCUGCAAGUCCCCAUGGAAUACACCCCUGUUGCCAGUAAAGAAACCAGGCACUGGUGACUACCAACCCAUUCAGGAUCUCCGAGAAGUUAACAAACGGGUACUAGAUAUUCACCCCACAGUGCCGAACCCCUAUAACUUGCUCAGUUCUCUGCCCCCGGACAGGACUUGGUACUCAGUUUUAGACCUCAAAGAUGCGUUCUUCUCCCUGAGACUUCAUCCCCAGAGUCAACCUAUGUUUGCCUUCGAGUGGAGAGACCCAGAGAAUGGCAGAGCAGGACAAUUGACCUGGACGAGGCUGCCCCAAGGAUACAAAAACUCUCCCACCCUGUUUGAUGAAGCGCUCCACCGGGACCUAGCCCCUUUCAGGGCUAACAAUCCUCAGGUGACUCUUUUAAUUUAAGUAGAUGACCUUCUGAUUGCAGCUGAGAAUGCUCGAGAGUGUGAGAGAGAUACAGAACACCUCCUGACUGAGUUGGGUAAGUUGGGGUAUCGAGCAUCUAUGAAAAAGGCCCAGUUGUGCAGGACCUAGGUGACCUACCUGGGCUACACCUUGAAAGAUGGACAGUGCUGGCUGACUGAAGCCAGAAAGCAGACCGUUAUGCAGAUCCCGACCCCAAUCACCCCUCGUCAAGUAAGAGAAUUUCUUGGGACAGCUGGGUUCUGCAGACUGUGGAUCCCAGAUUUUGCCACCCUGGCAGCACCGUUAUACUCCUUGACUAAAGAACAAGGGGAGUUUUUCUGGACAGAGAAACAUCAAAAAGCCUUUGAUGCUUUAAAAAAGGCUCUGCUGGAAGCCCCAGCCUUGGCCUUACCAGACUUGACCAAGCCUUUCACCCUCUAUAUAGAUGAGAGGAAGGGGGUCGCUAGGGGAGUCUUGACUCAGACUCUGGGACCAUGGAAGCGCCCAGUGGCGUAUCUCUCAAAGAAGCUAGACCCAGUAGCCAGUGGUUGGCCUGCCUGUCUAUGGGCCAUAGCAGCUACAGAUCUACUAGUGAGAGAUGCUGAUAAACUAACCUUGGGCCAAAAACUGUCAAUAGUGGCCCCCCACACCUUGGAGAGCAUAGUCAGACAACCUCCCGAUCGCUGGAUGACAAAUGCCAGAAUGGCACAUUACCAGAGUCUCCUCUUGACUGAGCAUAUCACCUUUGCCCCACCGGCCAUCCUAAACCCUGCCACCCUGCUACCCGAGGUUGACAGCUCUGUGAUCCACCAGUGUGAAGAAAUACUGACUGAAGAAACAUCCAGCAGACCGGACUUUACUGAUAAGCCCUGGCCAGGGGUGAAGACCUGGUUCACUGAUGGGAGCAGCUUCGUGGUUGAGGGUAAGCGAAAAUCGGGGGCAGCAGUGGUAGAUGGGAAAAAGACAGUGUGGGCCUCAGCUCUGCCAGAAGGAACCUCAGCUCAGAAAGCAGAACUAGUGGCUCUAACACAAGCCCUAAAACUGGCAGAGGGACAACAAGUAAACAUCUAUACUGACAGUAGAUAUGCGUUUGCUACUGCUCAUGUACAUGGUGCUAUCUACCAACAGAGAGGGUUAUUAACCUCAGCAGGUAAAGACAUUAAGAAUAAAGAAGAGAUUUUAAACCUUUUAGAGGCAAUCCACCUUCCAAAAAAGGUGGCUAUAAUCCAUUGUCCUGGCCAUCAGAAAGGAACUGACUUUGUUGCCAAAGGAAAUCAGAUGGCUGACAUUGAAGCAAAGUAGGCUGCUCAGGUCCAGGAGACUGCCGCGGGACACCCUCCAGGACCAGGGUCCUACACUCAGGGACCCAUGAUUUUAGCCGUCAAACUCAGGCUCCAGGUCCCUGACCCUAUUAAACUGCCGUGGGCUAAGCCAGUCCCCCUAUCAGAGAAAGAAAGCCUACAUUAUCUAUCUGAGCUUCAUCAGUGGACCCACCUGGGACCCGAAAAGAUGAUGGAGAUAGUGGCCCGGUCUCGGUAUAAGAUUCCAAAGCUGAAGAAACUAGCUCACAAGCUAGUACGAGAGUGUAAAGCAUGCGCUUUCACAAAUGCCGGUCACCAUCAAGAGGUAAAAGGAACCAGGCUGCGGGGAGACCGACCUGGUUCAUAUUUGGAGGUUGAUUUCACUGAAGUAAGACCAGCCAGAUAUGGUAACAAAUAUCUCCUAGUGUUUAUAGACACUUUCUCAGGAUGGGUUGAGGCAUUUCCCACCAAAAAGGAAACUGCUACUGUGGUGGCCAAGAAGAUACUGGAAGAGAUUCUACCCAGGUUUGGAGUACCGACGGUAAUUGGGUCAGACAAUGGGCUUGCCUUCGUCGCCCAGGUAAGUCAGGGAUUGGCCAGACAAUUGGGGUUUAAUUGGAAAUUACAUUGUUCUUACCGACCCCAGAGUUCAGGACAGGUAGAGAGGAUGAAUAGAACCAUUAAGGAGGCCCUGACUAAAUUGUCCAUUGAGACCGAUGGAAGUGAUUGGACAGCCUUGCUCCCUCUUGCCCUAUUCCGGGUUCAAAAUACGCCCAGAGUCCUGGGACUUACUCCUUUUGAGAUUCUUUAUGGAUCCCCACCUCCCAUCUAUGAGACCCUUGAGAGUGUAGCACACUCUGAUGAUGGCUAUAUUCCUCCCCUGCCUGUUCUAGCCCAACUAAAGGCCUUUGAAACUGUAAAGAAGGAGAUCUGGGGAGCUUUGAAGAACUCUUAUGCUCCAAAAGAAGAUCCAGUGCCAUACCAGUUCGAGGUUGGAGACGCCAUACUGGUGAGGAGACAUCGGACGGGCAACCUUGAGCCACGGUGGAAAGGCCCGUACCUGGUCCUGUUGACCACCCCUACAGCAGUGAAAGUGGAUGGCAUAGCCUCGUGGAUCCACGCUUCCCACGUGAAAAGAGCACCUCCAGACUUUCAGCAAGAUAAAUGGGCCUUGGAGAAGACUGAUAACCCUCUUAAGCUGCGCCUGUGUCGUAAACGCUGCUCUGAGUAA